AUGAUUAAUAAUCGUGAUGAUCCUAUUCUGAAGGAGGAAGAGAUUGAAACUCUCUCUGAUUUGGAUGAAUUAGAUGAAUUGGACAAUACACAAAUUUUAGAACAAUUUCUCUCCUUGUUGGAAGUUUACGAGAAUUGUCUGAGUAAUAUUGCAAAAUUAUUGGAGUACGUUGGAAAGAAUAGUGCUGAUUCGCUCUCAAUUCGGAAGGAUAUUAAACAUGAGAAGGAUUUUGCACUCUCGCUCUCAAAGGAUCUACACGAAUUAUUAUAUGUUCAUAAUUCAUACAUUACCGAACAUCAUAAUAAUCACGUUGUUCGUUACAAGAAGAAAAUGCAAGAAUUGAAUAUUCUCUUUCAAAGAUUUAAAGAUUUGGAAAAGCAAUAUCCAGCAUCGAACCUACCCGAAACAACCUCAUCUACAAGUUACUACUCUCUAACUCCAGUCUAUAAGAAAUUAUCAGGUUACAUUUUCAAACAAGAUGAAACUACCCAUUUAGAGGAAGAAUUGUUAAAACAACAUGGAAUUCAUGAUGAUAUGGAAAUGUCUCACGAUAAAUUAGAUGAAUUGAAAAAUGAUUUGAAAGAAUUGGUUUCAGUUUUUGAAACUCUUGAAGAAAGUUCCACAAAGAAGGAUAAGAGAAAGAAUAAUCACUCUUCUUCUACAAGUAUAGAUGUAAAUAAUCACCCACAAUCAUCAACAAAUAACAAUAAUAACCACUCGAGCAAUAAUCAAAGCACUGCUUCAUCUUCUACUUCUGCAUCUCAAACCAGUAAUGGUGCUUAUUAUGGAGCUGCUGUUGUAAGCUUGGGAUUAUUGGCUGGAUCUCUAAUUGGUGGACCUGUAGGAAUGUACGUUGGAGGAAAAUUAGGAGCUAGUAUAAUGACAACAGCUAGUUUGGGGAGUGGUAUUGGUAUGAUUGGAAGUGGUCUACUCUUAGCAGGAAAGGGAUAUUUCUCUAGGCAAGAGAAACAACCACCAACUGAAAUUGUAGCCACCACAACUACAAACAAUCUUGAUGCUUCAUCCUCUACUACUAUUAUUGUGAAUGGAACUACUACUGAAAAUAAUGAACAUUCUGAAAAGUCAGCAGAAGAAACAACUCCAAACACUCCACAAGAUGAAAAUUCCACUACUGAGGAAAGCAAAAAAGACAAGUAA